AUGAGCAGGAGUCUAGGGAUACCAGUGAAGCUGCUCCACGAGGCGGCGGGGCACGUGGUGACGGUGGAGCUGAAGAGCGGGGAGCUCUACAGGGGCAGCAUGCUGGAGUGCGAGGACAACUGGAACUGCCAGCUCGAGAACAUCACCUUCACCGCCAAGGUCUGCCUGCAUUCUUUGUACAUUGUCGCUUGUGCUGGGAAACUAGGUCUUGUUUUGUACAUUACGCGAUCCUUGUUGCUUGGGGUUUUGAGGUUUCAAGGCACAUCUUAGGCAGAGAGCGGAAUGCCGAUGAAACAUUUUUGAAAUCAUCAGAGUCAGGACAGUAAGGGAAAGCAGUGAUAUUCCGAUUCUUUCGUGGGGAAUCAACGAAGGCAGCCGUUCCAGCAGCUUGCUGACCUUGGAGAGGCAUCUCCAGGCAAGCACAUAGUAGUACGUUGGAUUUUUCACUAUACGAUUCAGGAACACCAAAAUGUGAGGGAGGGUGGUUGAUAUGUUAAAGAUUGCGGCCCAAAAAUGGACUCCUCCUAAUGAUUUCCGUAAACUAUUCCAAUCGAUCAGCAGAGUCAAUUGAAGAUUUAAUCCUUUUGACAGCUUUUUCAAGAGCUAGCUUUGAAAAUCCGAAAAUGUUCUCCAUGCUGCGUUAGCCUUCAGAUGCUCAUUCAUCUUUCCUCUUCCUUAUAUUUUCAUAUGAUCGUCUGGAAAUGAGGACUGUGGUGACUAGAUAAGGAGAAGCCAAGGUUCCUACAUAGAACAAAUAGUCUAAAAAGAAAGCUUAAACAACCUCUUCCUUAUAUAAAAUGAAUCUAUGCCCAUCGAGGAGAAGGGACCGUAUUUCUAGAGUUACUUUCCAUUUUCUUUUGUACGUCAAUAUCAACUAGUGGAAGUCCGUGGCACCUUUAUUACUGCGACUAGGCAACGAGAAUGCUUCAGUCAAGUAGAAGCGAAACCUAGUGGAAUAUUUCAUCCUUCUUAUUUCCAAACAGUCAUUUGUCUUCUGCCCCGUGCUCCACAAAAGCAAUAAAUCUUUCAAGAGGAACCUCCUUCCCCCACUCUUGGGAUACCCCAAGACGCCGUUCUCAAUGUGUUGGAGUCAGGUCAUCAUAUUGCUUUCAGACAUCGUCAAACCACUUUUGGAUGCAUAUGUGGAAAGGUGGUUUUAUGGGAGGAAGUAGAUUGAGGACAAGAGCCCAUUGUCUAUACUUAGAACAUGCUACCUCUUUCUCUUCUUCUUCUUUUUUUUUUUUAAUUUUUUUUUUUAUGACUCAAUGGCUUUCCUUCUUGAUGAGACGCCAUUGUCUUUGCACCCGAAUUGAGGAAUUCUUGUUGGCUGUAUAUUGAUGGAUGUUUCAUAUUUUCAAUGGGCAUUAUCUUCUUCAGGACGGGAAGGUAUCACAACUGGAGCAUGUGUUUAUCCGAGGAAGCAAAGUAAGGUAGGCGUUUUUGUUUUUGUUUUUUUUUUUUGUUUCUUUGUUUUUUUUUUUUUUUUUUUUUUGAUGUGUUGCUGCCUCUCAAGAAAUUACUGGAAGAACUUCUACUUGUGAGUCUAAUAUGACCCACCUGCACGAUUCUUGUGUCAGGUUUAUGGUGAUACCUGAUAUGCUCAAGAACGCCCCAAUGUUCAAGAAAUUGGAUGCAAGAAUAAAGGUAUCUAGAUUUAUGACGUCACGCCCAGCAAAUCCCUUGUCUAAUCAAACGCAUAUACCACCUCACAAAAUGAUUUUUUAUUUUCGAGUUAAUGGAUUCUUAUCCAUUUCUUGCUUUAUUUUCCUCAAGGGAAAAAGUUCAUCUAUCGGAGUUGGUCGUGGGCGUGCAGUUGCAAUGCGAGCCAGGGUAAACAAUCUUUUAACCUUUAUUAUUUUCCCUGGGAGACUUCUUUUUUCCUGCUUUUACCGUCUUUUGAUGGAGUUGACCAUCUCCUCAUCUUUUGUGUCUAUGAAAAAAAGAAGGAAAAUGGAAAGCUGUCUCAAAACCGAUGACAAGUUGAAUCAUUAAGCAUAAAAUCUGUGUGGGGAAUAACUGGCAUUUAGAUUGUGGGCACUCACUGUUUCUCACUGGACAUCGUUCUGUAGGCUCAAGCUGCCGGCCGAGGCGGCGGCCCGAUUGGUCGAGGAGCGGCGCCGCCGGUGAGGAGGUAG